AUGAAGCCGUCCCCAGAGAUUUUGCAGCCCACAGACCCCCUCCCGCCCAAACCAGUGGUGCAGCUCACAGCAUCGCUCCAACUACCCAAUGGACUCACUAUGGAAGUGCCGAUUACCAUUGACUCUGGUAGUAACGCAGACUUCAUAGGACUGGAUUUCCUUCAAGAGCACAACAUAGCACUCCUGCCAGCCACGCUGCCUCUGAAAGUUGUCACGGUGGAUGGCAGGGAAUUGCUGGGGGCAGGUGGCCAUCUCGGUGAAAUUGGAAUCGAGAAGUCAUCCCAUGCCAUGUCGGACGCCUAUAGUAUAGGCAAGUUGGCUGCACGGCACAGCCACUGGACUGACCUUCCUACUGCGGAACAGAUUUGCCUAGGAAGAGAGACGACCCCGCGUUUUGGUUUUUAA